AUGGCAGAACUCAGUAUUGUUGAAGCGUCCAUCGAAGAGCUGCAAGCAGCGCUGUCGUCAGGGGCCCUGACUAGUGUGGAACUGGUCGCGAGAUACCUGCGCCGCAUCGGCAGCUACGACUGCUCCGGCCCAACUCUCAACGCAAUCCCCAUCAUCAACCCGGAUGUCUUUGCCGAGGCUGCCACGUCCGAUGAGCACCGGGCUGCCGGAAAGCCAGUCCGGCCCCUCGAGGGCAUUCCAUACACAGUCAAGGACAGCUACAAGACCAAGGGCAUGACCAUUGCGAGCGGCUCCCCGGCCUUCAAGGACUUGGUCGCCAACGAGGAUGCCUUCACGGUGGCGGCAAUUAGAGCCGCAGGCGGCGUGCUCAUCGGGCGGACCAACAUGCCGUCCAUGGCGUACGGCGGAAUGCAGCGAGGCGUGUACGGGCGGGCAGAAAGCCCGUACAACCCCAAGUAUCUCGCGGCGGCCUUUGCCUCGGGCUCGUCGAACGGCUCGGCCGUGUCGACGGCGGCAUCGUUUGCGGCCUUUGGCAUGGCGGAGGAAACGGUCUCAUCGGGGAGGUCGCCAGCCUCCAACAACGCCCUAGUCGCCUAUACUCCCUCCAGAGGAUGGCUGUCCAUCCGCGGAAACUGGCCCUUGUAUCCCACUUGCGAUGUCGUAGUGCCGCAUACAAGGACAGUAAAGGACAUGCUAUCGCUCUUGGAAGUUAUCUCUACUGAGGAUAGCGUCACUGAAGGCGAUUUUUGGCGGGAUCAGCCAUGGGUGAAACUAGAGAAGGCAUGGCCGAAGGGUCCAGAUACAUUCAGCAAUAUCCGCACAGCACCCAAAUCCUUGAAAAAUAUUCGGAUCGCCGUCCCUGAGAUGUAUAUCGGUGGGCCGGCGGUGGAAGGGGCAAGGCCUGUCGUCACCAGUGAGGCGGUUGUGAAGCUUUGGAAGCAGGCGAGAGUGGACUUGGAGGCUCUAGGAGCUGAAGUCGUCAUCGUCCCAGACUUCCCUGCGGUGACAGGCUACGAGAACCCAGCGUUGUUGAAGGAUGACGAUCCUCGUCUGCCGGAGAACUGGCAUAGUCGCGAAAGAGGCCCUCUCGUCGCCCAUGGCUGGAACCAGUUUCUGAAACUGAACAAGGACCCAAAUAUACCCGACUUGACUUCAGUGGACGGCCUGAGUAUCUAUCCGGAUUGGCUCAGAACCUCGGCGGAGCUGAAAUUCAACGACAAGAAAAAUAUGAUCCACUGGGCGCAGCUCACCUCCUACAUCCAGGAAUGUGAUUUCUACGAGGUCGAAAAGCUGGAGGAUGCGGUAAAGGCGUUGGAGGCCAUGCGAAAGCGGCUCCUCGACGACUACCUCUCAGCUUUCGGGUGCGAUUGCGUCGCUUUCCCUGCUGCCGGCGACGUGGGUGCAGCGGAUGCCGAUGAAAACGAUGCCAGUUCGGAGCACGCAUGGAAAAAUGGCGUCUGGUACAGCACUGGCAACAGAGCGUUGCGUCACCUCGGGAUCCCAUCUGUGACGGUGCCGAUGGGCAUCGUGGAAGACAAGGCCAUGCCCGUUGGGCUGACCUUUGCUGGACGAUCCGGCGAGGACGAAAGCUUGCUCAAAUGGGCACAAGCUUAUGAACAUAAAUCUCAGCGGCGGAUUGCUCCGCCUGCGACGCCAGCCUUGGCCUCAGACAGGAUUCAACUCGUGGAUUCCCCUAAUCCACAACAGACGGCACCCCGGCCGAGCAUAGAGGUUUCCAAGUGCUCCAUCGACGACAAGACUACAGCCGAUGGUCAGGAAGUGUAUAAGAUAUCAAUCGAGGGCUCUAUAUCCGUAAGCCAGGCAACACAACCCACUGGCACGCAAGAGUCCCUUGUACCAGAAAUUGACAUAUCCAUCAAUGCCAUUGAUGUUCCAUCCGAUAAGGUAGAGUUGAAGCGCAGUACCGAAACUUCGGGAAAACUCUGUUACACAUUCAAGGCGCAGAGUGUGGAAAUCAAGAUUCGUAGAAAUAGUUCCAGUAUUAAGGCUCAUGCGCCCGUGGCAGCUGACAAUCUGAUGGUGGUCAUUCUUGCGAGAUCUUUGGCGGGCGGACCUCCAUCAGGUUGCUUGAGCAUGAUCGACACUGCUACCUGA